AGGGUGGACUGUGAUCAUCUCCUGCACCGCACACUGGCCACUGCACUGUUGCACUCCCCCUCUGCCUCUCUCCAAACGCUGAAAGUAACCAAUACUGUAGCGCCACCUCAUUAAUUAUGGCUGAAUUCGUACUACAGCAGUUAAAGGCAGGAGAGAGAAUGAGUUUCCGUGUGAUGAUGGCUGGUGUAGCAAGAGUCUCUUCCCGCCGUAACAACCUCAACCACGGUUUUCUCAGCCUUCCACCACCACCAAAACCACUCCCUACUGCUGUUGGAACUUCUCUUCGUCACCUCUCCUAUUACUGCAGAUAUGCUGACAGACUCCCUCCUUCCUGUGCCUUCCGAGCUAAGUAUGGAUACCCAUACCCGUCGUCCUCACCUGCUGAAGAAAUGAGAAAGAAGCAGCCAUCAUAUGAUACCUCAAGUGACGAUUCAAGUGACAAUUCUGGUGAUGAAUCGGAAGCUGAUGGUGAGCAGAAGAAGCCAAACUAUAAAGAGAAGCAGUCAAUCUAUGUGAAGCAUGGCGAUGAAGCUCUGUACGUGAAGAUGGAUAUGCCAGGGGUAGGCAAAGAAGAUGUGAAGAUCUAUGUAGAGGGCAGCUUUCACGAUCACGCUCUUUGUGUGAAGGGAGUGAGGAAGUCGGACCCUGAAUUUGAUGAGUGUCGUGAAUAUAAGAGCUGUCCUAAAUCGUAUGAGUACCGUUUGAGCUUGACGCCUAACCACAAGGUUGAAGGGACCAAGGCAGAGAUGAUGAAUGGAGUGCUCAAGGUUACUAUUCCUAAGGCCAGGAUUGAGGAGAGGAUGGAUGUGGUGCUCAUUCCGGUUAACUGAUUCCAUUGCUAGACUAAUCUUUUUGGUCAUACUAGUGAUCGACUUAUAAUCCUGUACUUGUUUAACUUUAAUUUGCUGGUAAAAACUUGUGUUGUCGACUCUUUCCAUUGUGGUGUUGCUUUUCUUGGUUGUGAUUUGUGCACAUAGGUUCUUGAUUUGCCCUGCUGAUCACCAAAGUUAUGGAACUAGCUAGCUAGGCUGUUGAGCUUCUAAUGAAAAUGCAGGACUUUGAGACUCAUGAUCUAUGCUAAUUUGCUUUUCAUCUUAUUAUAAUAUAUAUCUUCUGUUUUUGUUCUA